GAGGUACCCAGGACCACCCUGCCGCUGACCCGGCCGAGCCCCCGCUACCCCCGCCGCGCCGCGCCCACUCCCUUCUGCGGGCCUUGCCGGCUGACUGACAGCGAGGCGGCCCAAUGGCGACGCGAGGCAGGGCGGUGGCAGCCAGUGGGCGUGGCAAGGCAGGAGGGGGCGGGCGGCGGGCGCGGCGGGACCGGCGGCGGCGGCAGGAUGCGGACGGACGGCGGGACGGCGCGGGGGGCGUUGGUGCUGGCGCUGCUCCGCCGCUGCCUCCUGCUGGGACCGCUGGGGCUGCGCCCGGCCGGCGGACAGGACGGGGAUGGCUGCGGCCACACGCUGCUGACACCCCACAGUGGUACCCUCAGCUCCAAGAACUACCCGGGCACCUACCCCAACCACACUUCCUGCCGCUGGUGGCUGCGUGCGCCCCCGGGCACCUCCCUCCUCCUGGCCUUUGGGGACGUGGACCUGGAACCCUCUGAGCGCUGUGCCCGCAGCUCUGUGCUGCUCACCAACCCCCAGGCUGGCACUGCCUAUGGGCCCUACUGCAGGAAUGCUGUCCCCGCCACCCCACUUCUGGUGACAAACUCCAGUGCUGUCACCGUCCUGUUCAACAGCACCAGCCAUCACUCAGGACGAGGUCUCCUCCUGUCCUACGCCACCUCGCAGCACCCAGACCUGGUCUCCUGCCUGGUACGAGGCACCCACUACACCCAGGAACAUGUCAGUGUGUACUGUCCUGCGGGCUGCAAGGACAUCGACGGGGACAUCUGGGGUAACCCCAGCCAGGGCUACCGGGACACCUCAGUACUGUGCAAGGCGGCCGUGCACGCUGGGGUGAUUGCGGACGAGCUGGGCGGGCAGGUCACCCUGUCCCGGGAGAAGGGGAUCACGCUCUACGAGUCAGCCUUCGCCAAUGGGCUCCACUCCAAAAGAUUUAUUCACCUGGGGCCCUUUUCCCCAUGUCCGAUGCUCCCCAUGCUUUCUGCCCGCAGGGGAUCCCUCUCUGAGAAGCGGCUCAUAUUCCACAAAGCUUGUGAUGAUGCGCUGGAGGUGGCUGCCUUCAAUGCCUCGUCCUGGUGGCACGAGGUGGACAUGCUGGGCCAAGACAGAACCUGGGUGGCUGAACGGGCAGCGCUGGGCAUCACCGGCCACUCCUGGGCCACCGAACCUGGCACUGAGGCCGCCUGGCUGGAGCUGGACCUGGGCACCCGCAGGAAUAUCACUGGCAUCAUCACGAAGGGAUCAUCCGAGCAGCACAACUACUACGUGACAUCCUACCGGGUCUCCUCCAGCCGUGACCGGAAGAACUGGAGACCCUACAGAGGCAGCAGUGGCCAGGAGGACAAGGUCUUUGAAGGAAACACUGACAGCCAAGGGGAGGUCUCCAAUGCCUUCAUUCCGCCCAUUGUCGCCCGCUACGUCCGUGUCACACCCCAGAGCUGGCACCAGCAUGUGGCCUUGAAGGUGGCCCUGGUGGGCUGCCAGCUGGCACGGGUCCGCGUGCCCCGACCCUACGUGUCCAGUGUCCCCAAGGAGGUUCCUGUCCCCACCAGCCGCCCAGCCAGCCACACACCCAUCCCUGGCAUCACCCUGGACCCGGAGAAGGCAGGCUCCACACUGCUGGUGAUGCUGCUUAUUGGCGGUUUCAUUCUCCUCUGCUCCAGCCUCCUGCUGCUGGUUUUCCUCUGCCGCAGGAAGAGGUGGGUCCCAUCCUGCCCCCCACUUCACCCUGGGGGACGUAGCAUUGCCCCCCCAAAGUGCAGUGACUCCAUUUGGCUGCUCUCCAGGAAGCUGGCGGCAGAGCUUAACUGUGGGAAAAUGAAAGGGUACCCCAAGCUGGGCCCGAGCCAUGUGUGCUCCCUGCAGAGCCUGCCGCCCUCUGGCUCUGCACUGGCCUCGUUCCCCAUGACGGCUGCGCUGGGGGACCUCGACCAGACCCAUUCACCAGAAUAUGCUGAGCCAGACCUGGUGCAGGUGACCACCAGCAGCCAGAUGGGACCCUGCACCUUCAAGCCUCUCCUGGACGAGGGCUACACUCUGCCGCUGGUCGUGAGCCACUACGACGUGCCGGGAAAAUACCACGAGUACGCAGAGCCGCUGCUGCCCGAGCCCGAGUACGCCACACCGUUCAGCGAGCCCGAACCCGCCAGCACCCGCCACAGCCCCUGCGGCGUGCCAAGGCUCCCCGUUUCCCCCCCGCUGCGGUACGACGCGCCCGCCCCGCGGGCCGGGGAGCUGCCCGCCGGGGCGUGCACGACUGCCGGCCCCGGUGGGGAUAUCCCCUCUGCGGACGGGCCCCUGGAGGACAGUCCUCUCCCGCACGUGUACCACGAGGCCUUGUGAAGAUGCAGCGGGAGCCUGACCCGGGGGAACGGGCAGGGGCUAUGGGAGAAAAAAAACGCUCCAAGCGUUGGGAGAAUAUUUUCUAAAUACGAUCGUAUUUAUCGGUAUUAAAUACAUAUAUCCUGCUGGAA